UUCAGCACAGCGGACGUGCGUGUUGGGACACAGAGAUUCAUCGGAGAUGCCGAUACUAAGCACUCGUUUCAAAACUGGACUGAGCAGUGACGAUUUCUGUGAUAAAAAAAAUCGGUACGAACAUAAAUAAUUGAAGUGCCGCAAGUGAUGCUUUUGGUGAUCGUAAAUUAAGAACGGAAAUGGGGUGCCAAAGUAGAAUUUCUUUUAAACUUACGCGCCGGGAUUAGAUGAGAUUUAUCUCGGAAAACAAGGGAGAUUACAGUUUAUUUUAAAAGCACCGUAUACACUAUGCUAUAUAGAGUAAUCCAUAUUACCGUUCGUGCUGAAGUCGUCUCUAGCACGAGCCACUUACGCGUAACAAACCCUGGGGUAGUGUAAAAUAUAAAUAGCUCCAUCGUUAUCUUGUAGCAACUUUUAAUGUAUGACGCGUCAUCAAUUAUAUGGGCUGAGAGUGUCAUUUAGUUAUUUGUCAACGAGUUAAUUACGAACUAGAAUAAAUGUUGACAGAUUUAGUAGAAACAGGUAUACAUGUAGCAGCUCGUAGCUUGUGACACGAUGUCUCCGAACUAUUCAGUAAUUAAGAGGUAGAAAACGUUCAAUUGGAACUAAUUGGUAGUUAUAAUUAAGAUUCUAGUGUUAGAUGUGACGAUGAAAUGGAAAAUAGUGUCAAAUUAAAUAUUACUAUAAUUAUUGUGUAAGAUUAAUUAGAAACCAAUAAUGGCAGACAACAUGAAGAGCUUAAAGAGGCAUUCAUACAUAUUGAAUGCAAUACUACUAUUCAUCACGUUAAUAUACGAAGCCGGCGGCCUCCGCACCACUGAACUCCGAAUAACGCCGCGUGUCGUUCAAAGAGGGAGAAAUGUCACUAUGGAGUGUGUUUACCAGACGCACGACUAUGGUAUUUACUCAGUCAAAUGGUACAAGGGAGCUCAGGAGUUCUACAGGUAUUCCCCAUUGGAAGCUCCUACGACUAGAGUAAUGCCAGUCAAUGGAAUUAAGGUUGAUAGGUUAAGAUCUAAUGAAACUCACGUGGUGUUACUGCGAGUAACGGCGACUCUCAGUGGUAACUACAGCUGCGAGGUGAUACUAAACGCGCCUUCAUACCCACACCAGACUGCCACAGCGAGGCUUGAUGUUGUUGGUAUUGGAGGACUCCGAGCAAUAGAGUUGCGGAUAUCUCCACCGGUCGUGCAGCGAGGUUCAGACGCGACCCUGGCCUGUCUGUACCAGUUAACAGAUGCGCCGUUAUAUUCAGUCAAGUGGUACAGAGGGCGCCACGAAUUCUAUCGGUAUUCACCCACCGAGACACCAGCCACCAAGAUAUUCCCGUUCGCCGGGAUCAAUGUGGACUUGGCGAGAUCUAACCAGAGCCAAGUGGUGCUGACCCGGGUCAGCUUUGGCCUGUCCGGCAACUUUAGUUGUGAGGUCACAGCGGACGCGCCCUCCUUCGCCACAUCCAUUGUUUCUAACAACAUGGAGGUAGUUGUGCUGCCACCUGCAACACCAUCAAUACAUACAAGCCAGCACUACUACACCCCAGGGGAUGUGAUGAAGGCCAACUGCACAUCAGGGCCGAGCAGGCCUCCGUCCGUCCUCUCGUUCUUCAUCAACGAUCUGCUUGUGUCACCAGGCUUGUACCAAGCACAUCCAGCGCCUGAAGGACUCUUCAGAUCAGAACUGUACGUCCAGAUCCAACUAUGGCCAGCCCACUACGAGAGGGGUGCGCCCAUUCUCCGGUGUGAAGCCAAAGUAGGAGAACUGUAUAAAGAAGACUCCGCUGUGGCGUUGUACUCAGCGAAUAGUGAUCCUAAAAUUGAAAGAGUGACGUCACCAGGCUCAUCCGCCAAGCUGCAGGCGUGCCAACCACUAUUACUGUUAUAUAUAAUUUUAUUUGCAAAUAAUACAUAAAUAUUGUAUGUACUGUAUAAAUAAUUAUAAUAGAUAAUAAAUAGGUACAUAAGUAGAUGUAUACAGUCUGUGGGAGAAAUUGUGAAUUUAAUUACAGUUAACUGUACCUAAACGAGCUGCUAACUAUACCAAAGAAUGUAAAGA